AUGUCUGAAUUAAGCUCUGAAGAUAAAAAUAAAGACUCGUUCACCAAGGCAAACCAGUAUUAUUUAUCCCAAAUCAACCAAAUGGAAAUUAAAAUCAGCGAAUUAAAAGCCCAUUUAAGUGCAAAAGAUUCAGAAAUCAGCUACCUCAACGAUAGGAUUUCUCUGAUUGAAAAUAACGAAAGCUUAGGAAACCGCAGUGAAAAUUUGGAAAAAUCGACAGAGUUAAGUGAAGUCGAGCCAAAAAUUAUUGGCUCUUUUAGCUCUAUAAGAAAUGCAAAUGAGGAUAUUACUAGUAUAAAGCUACAGUUAGAUCAUGCUAUAAGUGUGAAAAAAGAAUAUGAAGAAAAGUACAGGAAAGCUUUAAGCUCAAGAUUUGCUAAUAAAAACCCAAAAGAGCUGGAGGAAGAGCUGUAUAGCCUAAUAGAAGAAAAUCUUAAACUGAUGAAAUCCAAUGAAAAACUCAAACUUGAGCUGGAAACUGAAAAGUUAAACAGCGAGCUAAAGCGGAAAGUACUUGAAGAUACCAUCAUUGAAAAAAAUGAAUUUAUUUCUCAUAUAAAUGACCAAUAUGAAAAAUCAAUAACCCAGCUUCACAAAGAGAUAAAAGCACUAAAGGAAAAACCAAAAAUAACGAAUUCUCAUCUGUCUUCAAUGCUUUCUACCCCUCGAGAAGAAGCCAAAGUCCAAAGCUUUUCUCCUUUAAACAGCACAAAAUUUGGAUAUUUAGACAGUUCUUCGUUGGUUAGCACAGAAUUUAAUACAGACUGCACACAAACGCCUGUAAAAUCUAUAACACCACUAGGAAAUGCUUCAAUAAGCAGCGAGUCGCUAAGAGGCAGAUCUUAUAGUGCAAAAAAUGAUAAAAAUAAGCAAAAAAUAGCAAGGCUAAGUGAGGAGCCUUGUAAGAAGCUUAGGCUGAAAUUUUUAAAUGAAGCUUUAACUGUAAAACAAGGCCACCAUGUGGACUAUUGCCCCAGUUUUUUGAGGACCAAGAAAUUUAGCGGGGCGAAUAAUCUUGAAAGUUCUGUCAAAAUUGGAAAUCUAGGACUUUCUAACAGUUUUUAUGUGAAUUUCAGCAAGAGGUAA